AUGAAAAGUACGAAUGAGAAUAUAAAAAAUACUGAGAAAAUAUCUGGGUUAGAAGAAAAUGAAGAACAUAAUAAUAUAGUACCAUUUUAUUUAUCUAAUUUAUUAACAAAUCCAUCUAAUCCUGUUGUAUUUAUGGAUAUAAAUUUAGGAAAUCAUUUUUUAGGAAAAUUCAAAUUUGAAUUAUUUCAAAAUAUUGUUCCAAGAACAAGCGAAAAUUUUAGAAAGUUUUGUACAGGUGAACAUAAAAUAAACAACCUACCAGUAGGAUAUAAAAAUACAACAUUUCAUAGAGUAAUUAAAGAUUUUAUGAUUCAAGGGGGAGAUUUUGUUAAUUAUAAUGGUAGUGGAUGUGUAAGUAUAUAUGGUGAACAUUUUGAUGAUGAAAAUUUUGAUAUUAAACAUGAUAAAGAAGGACUUUUAAGUAUGGCAAAUACAGGACCUAAUACAAAUGGAUGCCAAUUUUUUAUUACCACCAAAAAAUGUGAAUGGCUAGAUGGGAAAAAUGUAGUCUUUGGUAGAAUUAUUGAUAAUGAUUCUUUAAUUUUAUUAAAAAAAAUUGAAAAUGUAUCAGUAACUCCAUAUAUUUAUAAACCAAAAAUUGCAAUCAAUAUAGUAGAAUGCGGAGAAUUAUAA